AUGAAGCUCUUCACUACCUCCGCAGUGGCAACGCUGUUGGCAAUCACAGCCAUUGCCCACCCUCUCAAACGUCAAGCUGCUGUCACCGACGUUGACAUCCUCCAAUAUGCCCUCACCCUCGAGCAUCUCGAGAACACCUUUUAUAAGGGCGCCAUUUCAAGCAUGUCAGAAGCAGACUUCAUGGCAGCCGGCUUCAGCUCGGCGUACUACAACAACCUCAAGUACAUCACUCACGACGAAGAACAACAUGUCGAGCUACUCUCCUCCGCCCUCAUGGCAGCCGGCCAAACGCCAGUCGCAGCCUGCACAUACGACUUCCCGUACACCGACCCCAAAUCCUUCGUCACUCUCGCCUCGGUGCUCGAGGGCGUCGGCACAUCCGCCUACCUCGGUGGUGCUGGUCUCAUCACCAGCAAGGCCUACCUCGGCGUUGCAGGCUCAAUCCUCGUCACGGAAUCACUUCACACCUCCGUCCAACGAUUCAACCUGGGAGAAGUCGCACCCGCAAACCCAUACGGCACCGCACUCGGUCUCAACCCCGUCUACACCCUCGCCGCAGCGUUCAUCACGUCCUGCCCGAGCACCAAUGCCGCCCUUCCCGUCAUGGCCUUCCCCACUCUGACCGCGACCCAGGGCAUUCCCGCCGCCGAGAACAUGACCUUCACCUUCAGCGUGAAGGGCGCGCUUCCGACCACUUUCUACGUCGUCUUCGUCAGCGGUCUGAGUACCACGUCGGUUAUGCCGACGAUGCAGGGGGACAUGAUCGCCGCCGUGAUCCCGCCCACUGCCAUGGGCCAGACGUAUGUGUUCAUCUCGAAAUCGAUGACCAAUGGGACGAUCACGGACGCCAUGAUCUUGUACGGGCCCGCUGUCAUCGAGGUGACGCCGCCCGCUCCCACGUUCGAUCUCUCCGAGCAUUGA